AUGAAGCUCCUGCCUGUUUCCCCUCUCCUCCUGCUUCUCCUGACAACACUGGAAGCCAGACCAAAAUCUGCAGGCUUGGCACUGAAGUGCAGGACGGGUCCCCUGGACAUCGUGUUUGUGAUCGACAGCUCCCGCAGCGUGCGGCCCUUCGAGUUCGAGACCAUGCGGCGCUUCAUGAUGGACAUCAUCAGCAACCUGGACGUGGGCCCCAACGCCACACGGGUGGGGGUGAUCCAGUACUCCAGCCAGGUGCAGAACAUCUUCUCCCUCAAGACCUUCUUCACGCGGGCAGACAUGGAGAGGGCCAUCAACAGCAUCAUCCCGCUGGCCCAGGGCACCAUGACGGGGCUGGCCAUCCAGUACGCCAUGAACGUGGCCUUCAGCACGCAGGAGGGCGCGCGGCCCCGGCACAAGAGGAUCCCCCGCAUCGCCAUCAUCGUGACGGACGGGCGGCCCCAGGACCGCGUCACCGAGGUGGCCACCCAGGCCCGGAACGCUGGCAUCGAGAUCUACGCCGUGGGAAUCCAGCGGGCAGACAUGAGCUCCCUGCGGGCCAUGGCCUCCCCACCGCUGGAGGAGCACGUCUUCCUGGUGGAGUCCUUUGAGCUCAUCCAGCAGUUUGCCAAGCAGUUCCAGGACAAGCUUUGCGGGGUGGACAUGUGUGUGGAGCGGGAGCAUGGCUGCGAGCACAGCUGUGUCAGCACCCCUGGCUCCUUCUACUGCGAGUGCAACCCAGGCUACAGGCUCAACGUGGAUGGAAAGACCUGCUCCCCCAUCGAUGCGUGUGCAGAUGGCAGACACGGCUGCCAGCACCACUGUGUCAGCGUGCGGGGCUCGUACUCGUGCCGCUGCCGCCCAGGUUACUACCUCAGCCACAACAAGAGGAGCUGCACCAUGAUUGAUUACUGCAGCUUUGGAAACCACAGCUGCCAGCACGAGUGUGUGAGCAUUCCCAGCGGGCACUACUGCCGCUGCCGCAGCGGCUUCACACUCCAGCCCGACGGCAAGUCCUGCAGGGCCACCGACCUCUGCAACGGGGUGGAUCACGGCUGUGAGUUCAAGUGUGUGAGCACGGAGGGCUCCUACCACUGCGUGUGCCCCGAGGGCCAGCAGCUCCAGGCUGAUGGCAAGACAUGCAGCAAGUGUGGAGCUGGCCAUGUGGACCUUGUGAUGGUGAUCGAUGGUUCCAAGAGUGUCCGGCCCCAGAACUUUGAGCUGGUGAAGCAGUUUGUGAACCGCAUUGUGGACCUGCUGGAGGUGUCCCCCCACGGCACACGGGUGGGACUGGUGCAGUACUCCAGCCGUGUGCGCACUGAGUUCCCCCUCAACAAGUACCACAGCGCAGAUGAGAUCAAGAAGGCAGUGAUGGAUGUGGAGUACAUGGAGAAAGGCACCAUGACAGGCCUCGCCCUCAAGCACAUGGUGGAGCACAGCUUCUCUGAGCUGGAAGGUGCCCGGCCUCUCUCUCACAACAUCCCCAGAAUCGGGCUGGUCUUCACAGAUGGACGCUCCCAGGAUGACAUCUCAGAAUGGGCGAGGAGAGCAAAGGAAUCAGGGAUUGUCAUGUUUGCUGUGGGUGUUGGAAAAGCUGUGGAAGAAGAGCUGAGAGCGAUUGCUUCUGAGCCAGUGGAACAGCACUUCUCCUAUUCAGCAGAUUUCACCACCAUGACCCAUCUUGUGGAGAACUUCUCCCUGAAUAUCUGCCCAGAGGAGGGCAAAGGGGAGACUGAGAUCCGCAGCCCGUGUGAGUGCGAGGCGCUGGUGCAGUUCCAGACGAACACCGUGGCCAUCCUGCAGAGCCUGACCGAGAAAAUUGCUCAGAUGACAGCCAGACUUGAAGAAUUGGAAAAGCAAAUUGCCAACAAGAAGUGA